AGUGUGUUUGUGUGCUUCGUGCGGUGCGGUUCUCUCUGUCUCUCUCUCGCCUUCCCCGAGUAUUUUGCGCUGGUUUUCUGUCAAUUCAGAAACCGAAAUACAAUAACCAAAACAAGCCCAAAAAUCGCACUGUUCUUCUAUAUAACGCAGCGCUAUAGCUAUACUGAAAGUUCCGGAACAAAACAAAAGUAACUCAAAAUCAUAAAAACUAUGUCGGCUGCUACGGAACAACAGAACAACGGCGAUGUGGCCGUGGAGAAGGUGGCGGCGGAGGAGGUCUCCUCCGUCAAGGACGAUCUCAAGGCGAAGGCGGGCGCCGAGGAUAAGGCGGCCGCUGCCGAUGCCGCCGGCGAUGCGGCCGAUAACGGUACGUCAAAGGACGGCGAGGAUGCCGCCGAUGCUGCCGCCGCCGCUGCCCCCGCAAAGGAAUCCGUGAAAGGCACCAAAAGGCCAGCAGAAGCCAAAUCCGCAGAAUCAAAGAAGGCCAAGAAAGCCGCCGCCGCCGCCGAUGGCGAUUCCGAUGAGGAAGAGGCUCUGGACGAGAUCAUCGAGGGCGACAGUGAAAUCGAGAGCGACGAGUACGACAUCCCCUACGAUGGUGAGGAGGACGACAUUGAGUGUGACGACGAUGAUGAUGAUAAUGAUGACGGUUCCGGCUCGGACGAUCAGGCGUAAUAAUAAUGUAGUCAAAAAUACAAACAAAAACAAACAAAAAAUUUAAAUUAAUAAUAAAUAAAAGUUACAAGCAAAAAAACAAAAGAAAAAAAAAUAAUAAACCAACAACCAGAAAAUAAACCACAACAAGGAGAAGAAGAAGGAGAAAAAAAACCACAAAAAAAUCGCAAAAGUAUAUAAUUUUUAUGUUUAAGAAAUAAUUUUUUAUUUCUUACCUUAUUUUAAUUGUAUUUUAUGUGUACUUUUUUUAUAAAAAACUACAAAACAAACAAAAAUUGUAAUUGAAGGCAUUUUCGUAUGAAAGUAAUCUAUACGGAAACCAAACAAAAAGUAAACAUCCCCACUAUAUACAAAAAAAAAAAACAAAAACCAAAAUCUUUCUUUCCUUUAUGUCAUAAGUCCUAAUUUAAACGCCCAGUUUAUGCGUAAAACAAAAAAUAUACAAAGAUUGAAAAUGUAGCGUAAACGAAGCCCGUGAAUUAAACACUGACACACACACACAUACAAAAUAUUAAAAUUCAUUAUUAAAUUAGACGUUACAUUUAUGAAUGAUAGAAAGAAGCAAAAAAAUACAAAAAUGAAAAAGAAACAGCAAAUGCAA